AUGGAACAAAGCCAGAAGCCCGAGUGUCCAUUUUGUGCGGCCCGGUUUAAUCACCGGUCGUCACUUUAUCGACAUAUGAAGAAGGACUGCAAUAGCCAAUCUCUUCGCCAAAAGGCCUGCACUGAAUGUGUCGCAAAAAAGACGAGAUGCAAUCUUAAGCGCCCAAUUUGUUCACGGUGCUCCCUACGUAGUGUCCCUUGUCAUUAUAAAAAUCCAGAAGAAUUCAAGUCGUCAGAAACCGACUGUGUCGAUUUGAAUCAACCCGAAGCUGCCGUGUCAGAAGAUGUCGCCUUAACAUUUCAGCCACAAUCACUGCAAUCGAUCUUCAGUCCUGAUCUCUUCGAUUCAUUCUUCACAGGCCUGGAAUCUUUGGCCAUAACACAGACAUCAGGCCCUGCUGCACCGCCCCAGCGCGAAGAAAACUCCGAAGACUUUGUCUCGAACGAGGUGGAAUGGGACUCCCCGGAGCUCGUCCGAGCCAUCACACCUCCAUUGCAUCAUUUUGAAUCUCCGAGCCAGACAGAUGCAGUCGCUUUAUCAAACCACAGCAUGGAACUCAUCUUUCGUGUCUUAAGAUCUUGGCCAAGGAUGCUGGCUGAAGAGUUCCAGCUUCCUCCCUUGUUUCAUUCUACUCAUAUCGCACAGAGGAAUACAUUACCAUUACCGCUAGCUAACUGCAUAACCCUCACCAAAAUGUGGCAUGGGCGUUGCGGAGGUGCAGACGAGAUCGUACGGAAAACAAUUAUAAAAGAAUUGGACAGCAUUGCAACCCAGUUUGAGAUUAUCGACGAUACAAACCUACUAGCGGUUCUACAAGCAGUGGUGAUAUAUGCCAUCAUUUUACUUUCCCCGUCAACGGAGUCGCAGCGUCCAUCAGCCGACCAUAACGCCAUUUUCCAUAAAGUAGAGCUACUUGUCUGUCAUGUCGUGCACAGUGGCCUCUUCCUUCAAGAAGAGAGAACACAGGCAAUACCUUCCUGGGAAGCAUGGCUGCAUGUCACGUCAAAACGUCGCGCGGUCCUCAGUUUGUAUCUUCUACACUGGGCGUACUCGGUCUUGCACCGAGUACCUUGUUUUGACUGCGGCGAUCUAGGAUUUAUGCCUGCGCCAGCUGCGAAAGUGCUUUGGGAGGCACAGACGGAACAGGAGUGGAAGACUCGAUAUAUUCAUUGGCUGUCUCGUUGGAGCGGCCGAGGCUACAUACAAGCUGAGUUCGGGAACAUUCGACCCGGGGUCAUUAUGGAUGCGAGGGCGGAAAAAUGGUUGGAGGAAGCUGAUGAGUUUGGAUUUAUCAUGAUUUCUAUUCUCAACGCCACGGAUUUCAAUCCACCGUCUCUCAAAGAGUUGGCUCGUUGA